CAUUCUCGUCUCCUCCGAAGUCCCCUCUGUUUCAAUUUCCAAAUGUCCCAACUCCGCACAGAUUCCGCCGGAAAAAUCUCCCCCGUUAAUCUCCCCCGUUUCAAUUGGGCGCACACUUAAAUUAAUUAAUUAAUUAUUAUUACUUGUUAAUUCCCACUUAAUCCAAGAUUAUAUAAGAGCUUAGCUCUUCGCUAUCUCUAAAAACCUUUCAAAAACAUUUCCAUUAUUACCGGCGGAGGUUUAUCUGCUAGGGUUUUUCUGUUUCAUCCUCACUCUCCAUGGCAUUUUCGUGAUUCAUGGAGGCCAGUUCCAGUGGAUUCGCGGCUCCGUUCCAGUUCAAGCUCCGGAGGAUGGUGUCAUCUCAUGGAUUGGAGCCCUCGCAGAUUCCGAUCUGGAAGGCGGCGAGGUUCGGUCGGAAGGCAUAGGAAUGGCGACUAGAUAGGAGAAAGAGCCCUCGCAGAUUCCGAGUCCAUGCUUCUUUUACAAUGCCUUUUGCUUCUCCUGAACCUGGAUAUGCUUCUAAACAAGAGAAAUUCUCCCCACGGUGUACCCCAAAAAAUUCUUCCGACGGCCCUCAGUCCCGUGACACUCCGCCAAAAAGAGACACUGGUAUUGCAAAUGAGAGACUGGGGCAUCAGCUUGUUAAAUGAAAAUGUUAAUGAGUCUGGGACUAAUGAAGAUGGAAGUACUUGGUACCGAGAAAGUGGGGAGGAUUUAGGUGAAAAUGGAUACAGAUGUAGAGGGACGAGGAUGGGUGGUCAAUCCAAGGAUGGUUCCUCCGAGUGGAAAGAAACG